UUUUUCUUUAUUAUACAUAAUCCCAUUUUCUUAAAUCUUGACUCUUAAUCCAGCUGUAUUUGUGAAGAUUAGCAACUAAUAAUACAUUAAUCUCUUACUUAUAAUUAAUGCACCUUCAAGUUUUAGCACCUUGAAAUGCGAAAUUUGCUGAAUUUUCACUACUACUAUCUUUUGGUGCGUUGUACCUGGUUUUUCUUGCUUUAGAUUGGCAUUUCUUUUUGGGUUGGUUUUCUGGGUUUUUAGUUUCAAUAAUGAUUAGUAUACACAUUGCAUAUUUUCAACUUUUGACACAUAAAAUUUGGUAAAGGGUUAAUUUUUCUGGGUGGUUUAUAAUUCUUUGUGGAAAUUUUAGACAAAAUUUUUACUGUUGUUUUUAGAAAUUUUUGCCUAAUUGUAGUGGGUUGUUGGAAGUUCUGUUGUAAUUUCUUUCUUUCUUGAGUUACCAUUUGCACAACUUUUUUUCUAAAUUUGGGAGAUUUAGAUCCCAAAUUGGGAACUGGGUUUUUUCUAGAUUCUCUAAGCUAAUAGCAAAAAGAAAAAAUUAGAGCUAAAUUCUUGUGAUGGGAAGUUUCAUAUAGUAGUAGAAAAAGUUAAGAGCACAUUAAUGAGAUAGUUAUACAUUUUUUGUUUUAUUAUUCUAAUCCUUUUAACCCCUAUAAAAAUUAAAUCUUUGAUUGUCUUCUUGUGAAGUAUAUGCAUGUUUGCCAACAUCUGGCAAUUUAACAGCAGAAAUUUGAAGAUAAGUGCUGGAAAUCAGUUUCUGGGUUCAUGCCAAAUGUUUUCUUUUUUGUAGGUUAAAAUUCAACUUUUUGUUUUAGAAGUUUAGCAAUUUUUUGAGGUGAGAUUAGGGUUUCCUGGAUCUGGGUAGUUCAAGAUUAAGUUCAGAAAAAGUGGGAUUUGGUAGUUGGGAUUUUUUCAAUUUGGUCACAGAAUUCAUAAGUUUUUGUCACAAGAAAGGUGCUGAGGUAGCUUAGAAUCCUGACCUACUAGGGUUGUUUGUGUAAUCCAGUUGUGUCAUUAAAAGGGGGGAAAGAGGAGAGAGAAAACACCAUUGUUGAAUAAUGGGACAUUCUGCAGCAGUUUGGGAUUACAGAGCUGCUAAUGAAGUCACAACUGACUGGAGUGGUAAUCCACAGGUUGUUCUUAGGAGUCCUCAAGGAGCUUCAGCUAAGAUCAGUUUGCAUGGGGGACAGGUUAUGUCAUGGAAGAAUGAACAAGGGGAAGAACUCUUAUUUACCAGCAGUAAGGCCAUUUUUAAGCCACCUAAAGCUAUGAGAGGAGGAAUUCCAAUUUGUUUCCCUCAGUUUGGGAAUCGUGGAUCGCUUGAACAACAUGGGUUUGCUCGGAAUAAAGUCUGGACCAUUGAAGAAAAUCCCCCUCCUCUUCCACCAAAUGAUUCCAAUGGGAAAUCUUUUGUUGACUUGAUUCUUAAACCGUCUUCAGAGGAUCUCAAGGGUUGGCCACACAGUUUUGAGUAUCGCUUGAGGGUUGCUCUUGGGACCGAUGGACGGUUGUCAUUGAUAUCUCGCAUAAGGAACGUUAAUGGAAAGCCAUUUACUUUCUCAUUUGCUUACCAUACUUAUAUGUCAGUUUCUGAUAUCAGCGAGGUCAGGAUAGAAGGAUUGGAAACACUAGAUUAUUUUGACAAUCUAUUUCAAAGAGAACGUUGUACUGAGCAAGGAGACGCGUUGACAUUUGAAUCUGAGGUGGAUCGAGUAUAUCUGAGUUGUCCAAAUGCUAUUGCUGUUAUCGACCAUGGAAAGAAGAGGACGUUUGUGAUCCGCAAGGAAGGCUUACCCGAUGUUGUUGUAUGGAAUCCAUGGGAUAAGAAAUCAAAGGCAAUGCUUGAUUUUGGGGACGAGGAAUACAAACAGAUGCUUUGUGUUGACGGGGCAGUAGUCGAGAAUCCCAUUACACUGAAGCCAGGGGAAGAAUGGAUGGGUCGAUUAGAGCUUCUGGUGGUGCCUUCAAGCUUCUGUAGCGACCAUCUCGAUCUGCACAGAGCAUAUUUCUAAGAAAGACGAUUUUCGUAUACAUAAAUAAGGCACUUCAGAAGUGCAAAGGGGAAGGAAUGCAAUGUAGUUAUUCCUAGUCCACAGUUGUAGUUUUACUUUAUGCUGCAGUUCAUUGUGUAAGAAUCUUGAUGUCUACAAAAUAGAUAGGAGAUUAGAGCAAUAUGCUGGAAUCAUUUUUUACUUUCAGCAGGAAAUGUGUUAGUAAAGAUAAACUAUUCAAAUAUAUAAAACAACUUUCAUAUUAUCAA